AUGGGGCCCGAGGAGGCGGAGGCCGUGCUGGAGACCAUCUGGGACCUCCACGACAAGGUCAGCGACGCCAUCCACGCCCUCUCCCGCGCCCACUUCCUGCGCGCCGUCCGCCGCCGCGCGUCCGCCUCCGGAGACAAGCCCGCCGCCGGCCUCGUGUACGUCAAGGGCGGGGGUCUGGGUCUCGGCGUUCGCGGUGGAGACGAGGUCGCCGCUCUGGCGGCCCUGGCUGAUGAGGCCAGGAGCCUGCACGCCAUCCGCGCCGCGCUCGAGGACCUCGAGGACCAGUUCGAGUGCUUUCUCGCUGUGCAGUCACAGCAACAGGCAGAACGAGAUUUUGCAUUAGCAAGGUUGGAGCAAAGCCGCAUCAUGCUUGCAAUAAGACUAAAAGAGCAUCAUGGGAAAAAUCACGAAGUCAUAGAUGAGGCGUCCGACUUCGUCCGCAAUGUCUACCAGGAUGUUUGGCCUUCUCUGUCAGCUACCAAGGCUGAGAAGUGCGCUGACAGUUCCAGUAACACUGCAAAGGGUCCAAAUUUCUUUGCGCGGAUGGUAUCUUCUAGUCUUGCUAUUGCAGGGAGCAGUUUCAAUCUCAAAAGUUUGGGUUGUGCAUUUGGGAACAGUGCAGCUUUAGCUCUCGGAAUUGUUACGGUGCUGCAGCUGCGGUGGUUAGCUUCAGGGGCACACAGCUCAGGAGUUGGUAACUACAGCUACAGGAGGAUCAGUGAGAAGGACUCAUCAUCGCGAUUCAGAACAUCUCCAAGUGGCAGUAGAACGGCUCGUCUUGAUGUGUCGCUAGCCAGGGGUUGA